GGUAACCAAAGCCAGGUGUGGAGUUUGUGGAUCUGGGAGCUGCUGUCUGGUGCUGCGAUCCCCGCGUAGGGAGCAAGAAGGACAGUUCAUCGCUUUCUGCUGCCGUGCUGUGCUGGCUCUGGAGAGGGGGAGACCACAGAAACUCCAUAAAACAUGCAUUCUGUAGGACGUGGCUUGCAUUCCUCCACCCACUUGAGAAUUUUGGCAGCUUUAUUAUUUGUGCUGUGCUGCUUUCAGUCAGGGAAAAGUCAGAGAUGCACAGAGGGAUUCACAUACGACUCCCGUUCCAGGCAGUGCAUCGCAGAUGUGGACGAAUGCCGUACUGGGCAGAACCCUUGCCGGGGUGACAUGCGCUGCGUUAACCAAAACGGGGGUUACCUGUGCUUGCCCAGGAGCCUUUACUCCCAGCCCUAUGCCAGAGCAGAGCCACCAGUAUACCCAGAGGCAUCCUACCCUGACACCUCAGUAGGAACUCCUGACCAGCUUCCGCUUUCUCCACCCCUGGGCCCCAGAACUGGCCCUGGCCCAGGCCCCAGCUAUCCCGUAAUGAGGUCCUCUACUCCAUGCCUCCUAGGAUACACACUUGGAGAGGAUGGCACGUGUAUUGAUAUCGAUGAGUGUGAGGCAGAAUCCCAUCAGUGCAAUCCCACACAGGUGUGCAUAAACACAGCAGGCGGAUACACUUGCUCCUGUACAGAGGGCUACUGGCUGGUGGGUGGGCAAUGCCAGGAUAUCGAUGAAUGUCGAUAUGGUUACUGCCAGCAGCUGUGUGCCAACCUGCCAGGCUCAUAUUCCUGCUCCUGCAACCCGGGAUUUAACCUGAAUACUGACAGCAGAACAUGCCAAGACAUAGACGAGUGUGAGACUCAACCCUGUACGCACGGUUGUCUGAACACGUAUGGCUCUUUCCUGUGCAACUGUGACGAAGGCUUCGAACUCGCUGCUGAUGGAACGACCUGCAAUGACCUGGAUGAGUGCAGUUUCUCAGACUUCCUAUGUCAGCACACAUGUUUAAACACUCCAGGGUCGUACUCGUGUGUCUGUCCUCCGGGUUACUAUGUUUUCGAGGACGGCAGGACGUGUGAAGACCUCAAUGAAUGUGAGUCUGGUAACAACACGUGUACAACAGCACAAGUGUGUUUCAAUUUCCAGGGAGGGUACACAUGCCUGGACCCCCUCACCUGUCUUCCGCCAUACGUAGAGCUCAGUGAAAAUCAGUGCGUGUGUUCUGCAGAGAACCCAGCCUGUAGAGACAGGCCGUUCACUAUUCUGUAUCGUCACAUGGACUUGUCCUCUGGCCGGAGUGUUCCUGCAGACAUAUUUCAGAUGCAGGCGACCACCCGCUACCCAGGAGCCUUCUACAUCUUCCAGAUCAAGUCUGGAAAUGAGGGGCGUGAAUUUUACAUGCGGCAAACCAGCAACGUCAGCGCUACGCUGGUUCUGGCUCGGCCGAUCAGAGGACCAAAGACUGUUGUCUUGGACCUGGAAAUGGUCACAGUCAACAACGUCAUCAACUUCCGUGGCAGUUCCAUCAUUCGCCUCACAAUAUUCGUCUCUGAGCACCCCUUCUGAAGCCCCUACACAUGACCUCUGACAUCCAUCACCUUCCCGUACCCUUGACCCCCAACAUGGACUUUCUGUUACUGCGUUACCCAUCAGGCAGCUGCGUUGUUCAUAUCUGUUCUGGAAUGUAUUUUACACCUAUGACUGCUUUUAUUACGUCACCCUCGACCCUCAUUGUCUGGACUGACAUGUUGCACCGCAUAGUGCCUUUCACCAAACUGUGCCUCUUCAUUUUUCAUUAUGGACGAUAAUCAAAAAGCUGCCUUUUGUAACCCCAGUAUUCCUCACGUUCACUGACAUACAUCCACUCAGAAGGAUAUUUAUGUUGUUUUUCUUUGUUCUUAUGAGUUCAUGUUUGCAUUUGUUUUUCUUCCUCUUCGGGAAGUAGAAUCGUUCAAGCUCAGUUUCCUCAUUCUUAAAGAGGCUUUUGUUAAAAGUACAACAACUCCCUCUUCGGUUCUUUUCUCCAGUAAACUGUGAAAAACAAGUUACAUUAAAUGUACACAGUUUUUAAACUUUGCAACCAGUGCCAGUCUUCUGUAGUCUUACAGUAGUAUUGUUGUAUUCCAUCUUUCAGCAUUACAGUAGUUUUAUAACUAAAGCCAUAAAAGCCUCCAGUCCAGCAGGCAUCUAUCCCACGAUUCAUCUCUCUUCUCAGUUUUUUUAUAUGUCAGUGUAACAAGAGAACCUGGUCGGUCAAAUAAAGAUGAACGUGAUGACCUGA